AUGGUCGCCAGCAGCCGCAUUGCCAUCGUGGCCUCCGCCUUCGCAGUCGGUGCUUCUGCCGCUGUCAUCAACCGCCGCCAGCAGCAAGACAACGGCUGGCUGGCCACCGACUACCAGUGGGGAUGCUCUCCCGGAGGAUGCAGCUCUCAAUUCAACCUCUUGGGCUUCGAAGGUGUCCCGUCUGGAGCACCCGCCUUCGAUGUCGUCUGCAGCCCCAUCUACAUCCAGCAAGAUUGGAUCGCAUGCAAGAACCGCGACGGCAGCACCAUGGCUCCCGAGUCUGUGGUCUACGCCGUGUGGAAAGCCGGCCCCGAUAACGACAAGCAGUACAUCAACAUUGCCCAUGUCUACUACCGCCAGGAGGACGGUCUCUACUACGACGCAGAGAGCGCAUCUGCGGGUUUCCUCCCCGAGAAGGGCGGCACUGAAUGGUUUGCCAUCGCCACCGUCAACCCAGCUUCAGAGAGCCAUCUCCCGCCAGUCGUGAACUCAGACGCGCCCACGCAGACCGUUCAGGCGGAUACUGGGACUGGAAUUCCUGAUCUGGUCAAUGCUGAAGACCCGGUCGCCACAUCUACCGAUGGCUCCGUGCCGGAUCCUGUCCCUGCUGCCGGAGAGGAUAUCCCUGCCCCCGAUCCGACCGAGGACCCUGCCAACGACCCUACACCCACCGAUGAGUCUGCUCCUGUGGCCGACCCUACUGCCACUGAGGCUUUCACGCCUGCGGUUGACCCCCCUACACCUACUGAUGACGGAACACCCGCCGCCGACCCUACUCCCACCGACGAGUCCACUCCCGCAGCCGACCCUUCUCCCACAGAUGACGGAACACCCGCCGCUGACCCGACUCCAACUGAUGAAUCAACACCCACUGGAGACUCGACUCCGGCUGAGGAUCCCACUCCUGCGGCUGACCCUACUCCUGAGUCAACUCCUGAGUCUACCCCCUCCGAAGACCCCGUUCCAUCUGGAGAUGGACCUUCGAACACAUCCGACGUCGUUCUGUCCCAGCCUCUCCAGAACACCGUAUCUGGUACUGGCACCAUCCCUGCUGGAGGCAAUGGAGCUUAG